UGAAUUGUUUUAUUAUGGAGUGGAAAAGAGGACCCGUCAUUGGCCGUGGUUCCACCGCCACGGUGUCGCUGGCCACGGUGGUUCCUUCAGGCGAGCUUAUAGCGGUGAAGUCCACGGAGAUUUCCAAGUCUGAGUUUUUACAAAGAGAGCAAAAUUUCUUGUCCAAAAUGAACUCUCCUUACAUAGUUAAGUACAGAGGCUUCAAUGUGACAGAAGAAAUGUACAAUCUUUGCAUGGAGUUUGCGCCCGGUGGCUCACUUCACGAUGAAAUUCAAAGGCGUGGAGGAAGAUUAAAUGAGCAGAGGAUCAAAUUCUACACGAGCCAGAUCCUCAAAGGCUUGGAUUAUCUUCACAUGAACGGAUUGGUGCACUUUGACAUCAAAAGCAAGAAUAUUUUGAUAGGAAAAGAUGGUUUUGCAAAGAUUUCUGAUCUGGGUUGUGCUAAAUUUGUGGACAAAUUUGAUGACGAUGAAAGUUUUGCAGCAUCCGAAUUUUCCGGUACACCGGCGUUCAUGGCACCGGAGGUGGCGAGGCGAGAAGAGCAAGGCUUUGCAGCUGAUAUAUGGGCUGUUGGGUGCACAAUCAUUGAAAUGGCCACUGGGACUAACCCUUGGCCGGAGCUGAGUGACCCGGUUUCAGCCCUUUACCGGAUUGGAUUCUCCGGUGAGGUACCGGAGACACCACGGUGGCUGUCCGUGGAGGCGAAGGAAUUCUUGAGCAAGUGUUUGAGAAAAGAUCCCAUAGAAAGAUGGACAACCAAAGAGCUUCUUCAACAUCCAUUUGUCAGUGAAGCAUUUGAGACUCAUGAUUGUUUCAUUGAAGAAGCUAAUAUGAGUUCUCCCUGCACAGUUUUGGAUCAUGGCAUUUGGGAUUCUGCAGUGUGCCGAGAAAGCUCAACACAGAAAGUUUGUUCUUUGAACUCUGCCGGCGAAAGGAUUCAGAAAUUGUUUGGAAUUGCAGCAGAUUGGAGCUGGGAUGACGAAGAUUGGACCACCGUUAGAGCCAAUGAUGAAGAUCAUAAUGUUGAAGAAACAAAUGAGUUACCAACUGCUGCAACAACAAUAGGUUUUGAUCUUGUUUCUGCGGAAGGAGUUCAAAGUUCAAUUUUUUAUGAAGAUUUGUUGUUGGAAUCCUCUGUUGAAAGUGCUACAUUUACAGAUGAUUUUGUAUUAGAAAAUGUUUGGUCCGAGACAGAUGAUAAUGAAGAUUCAUUUCUUAAUCAAUCUCAGUUUAUGCCCAUGUUGUAUUUUUCUUUACUGGUUUCAUUUCAGAUUGCAAUUUUCUGCUUUCAUUUUUGUUUCUUCUCUAUUGCAAUGACUAGUUUUAACUUUGACCAUAGUAAAAACGCUUAUAUGUUCAAAUUACACGUCAAUGUUUGCAUUUAUUUUAGCAAAGUCAUUUAA